GGCUGCUCCCGGGCGCUUAGCGCUCUCAGGGAGCACGGUUGCACCGCUGGCAGCGAGGCCAUCUCGUACUGGCCUUGUGGCGCGUCAGUUUCGGAGCAUUCCCAGCAGCGAGGCCGCCGAGAUGCUAAAGUCUGGCGAUUGGGCCUAUCUGGACAUACGCCGGGUAGAGGAGGGCUUGGCAUUCGGCGUGCCUUCGGUGCCCAGCUACCACAUGGUCACAUCGCAUGUGCUUGGGCCUGCAGGCAUGCGCUUCGACCCUGAGGCAUGGCUCUCGAGCGUGGAGGAGAAGAUCCCAGACAAGGAUGCAAAGAUCUUGGUCGGCUGCGCAGCUGGUGUCCGUUCUAAGGCCGCCGCACAGGUUUUGGAGCAGGCCGGAUACACGAACGUCGAGGAAGUGGGCGAUGGCUUCAACGGCUGGGUUGCGACCGGUCUGCCUGUGAUGCCACCGGCGGGCUCCUGA